UGGGGUGCAAGUGCUUAUAAUAUCUCCAUAUGUAUUAGUCAAUGUUAUGAGAUAUGUCUCAUCACCAAGAAUUUACUUCCGAUCGAAGUCUGUUCUUUGCAAAUCCAGUUUGUCCCAUUAACUCAAAUGGAAGAACAAAAGGUAUGCGACGCCAUAGAACUUCAGUCUUCACCUGCGGAGAUCAACAAACAAGAGGCCGAAAAACAAUACCAUUUGUUGACUCUUACUCGAUCCCGUAUCAGAGAAGAUCUAGAACAACGAAAGGCAGAUGCAUAUCAAAUAAAACGGAAAUUAAUGUGGUUUUUACAGCAUGAUCAUUAUAUACAAUGGAAGACGCGGGAAAUCAAGAAUCUUGAACGUUGCUUAGGUAAAGCGGAGAUUCAUAUGCCAACGAAUUUAGUCCCAAAAAGAACUGGUUUUUUUUCCUUGCCUGAAAAAGAUGGUCGAACACCUGUAAGACCAGAUCGAAAACGCUGCCAAAAGAGGCUGAUAAAGAAAGAGAGGGUGGACUCGCAUUAUUUGCAACAAGUUCAGGAAGAACUUCUUUGUUCCAAGAAAUCGGGUGGAAUGACAUCAUCUGGUAGACAAGAAGUUAACGACCUGAUCGAUAGCAUGGCACAAAGGAUCCAACAUGGGAACAAGUGUCGGGCUGAUGAAAUGAGAAUUUAUCGUGAAAUGAGAAACGUCAAGGAAACAAGAGAAAUAUAUACUGCACCAGAUCAACCCAAGCAUACUCGUAAUUGGUAUACAAGAGAAAGAACGUCAAAGAGAGAUAUAGAUUCCCAAAGAUACAUACAACACAAGAUAAAUAUCCGAUUAGACGAUAUUGAGGACUUGAAAAUGGAUAUGAAGGGACGUAAAGCUAGAGUUACACGACUUAAAGCGGAUAUGGAACUUGUACGAAAGAGCAUUAGUUGUUUACAGAAGGAGCUUGAAGAUGUUAACACAAAGAGAAUUAAAGCCUAUCAACGUGCUUAUGAACUUGUAGAGCAAAAGAAAGGAUUGGUACAGUAGUACAUAUUUUUUGUAAUCACAAACAUACAUAUAUUAUUAAACUGCAAGGCUAUAGCUAAAAUGAUUGCUUUUGCACUGAAAGGGGAUGCUGAUCAGCAUUCGUUCUUAGGUGUUGUUUUAGCUCUAUUAUAUCUAGUUGUGGUCAUCGGUGCUCUUUUAGGCUUUUAUUCUAGUGUCUGUUUUAAUGUUGUUUUGUCUCUGUUUUCCUCAUUAGAUGUUUAGUUUUAUAGGGUACAGCUUCCUGCUGGUUACUUUAUUUCUUACUACUAAUCAUAGCUUUUCUUUGCCCUACAAAAAUCGUGAUACGCAAGUUUGUAACAA